AAUCUUAAAACACACCAGAGAAUUCAUACCGGAGAGAAACCUUACCACUGCUCUGACUGUGGGAAGAGUUUUGCUCAGUUAGGGACCCUGAAAAAACACCAGCUGAGACACACAGGAGAGAAACCUUUUAGCUGUGAACAAUGUGGGAGGAGAUUCACUGUGUCAGGAGCCCUGACAGUUCACCAACGAAUACACACAGGAGCAAAACCUUUUCACUGCACUGACUGUGGGAUGAGUUUUGCCCAUUCAAGUAGUCUGAAAACACACCAGCAGAAACACAAAGGAGAGAAGCCUUACCACUGCUCCCUGUGUGGAACGAGUUUUACCCAGUUAGGGAAGCUGAAAAUGCAUGAGAGAAUACACACAGGAGAGAAGCCUCAUCACUGCUCCCUGUGCGGAACGAGUUUUACCCAGUUAUGGAACCUGAAAAUGCAUGAGAGAAUACACACAGGAGAAAAGCCUUACCAC